AUGACAACCACAACUACAACCACCACCACCACCACUGCCAGCACACCGGAUACCCCAGGCUUUCACCAGACAUCGGAAUUAUAUCAAGAAAAAGUUGCAGCCUCGCCACCAACCCACGAUGGCCUCGAGUUCUGGCAAUUCAUGAUUGCAGGCUCCAUUGCCGGCUCUGUAGAGCACAUGGCCAUGUUUCCAGUAGACACCCUAAAAACUCGAAUGCAAGCCAUUACUUCUUCCUACAAAAUGCCGGCAUUAACUCUCCGGCAAUCCCUCGGCUCGAUCAUGAAACUCGAAGGCCUCGGGGGCCUUUACCGAGGCAUUGCUGCAAUGGGAUUAGGUGCCGGACCUGCUCAUGCAGUGUACUUCUCAGUAUAUGAAACUUGCAAGAAAUUUCUAUCAGCAGAAAAUCCAAACAAUUCAAUGGCACAUGCAGCUUCUGGUGUUUUUGCUACUGUAGCCAGUGAUGCCGUGUUGACGCCGAUGGAUGUGGUGAAGCAAAGGCUGCAGUUAAAGGGCAGUCCGUAUAAAGGGAUGGCGGAUUGUAUGAAGAGGGUCGCGGUGGAAGAGGGGAUCGGGGCUUUUUACGCGAGUUAUAGGACUACAGUGGUGAUGAAUGCGCCGUUUACUGCAGUUCAUUUCGCCACCUACGAGGCGGCCAAGAGGUGUUUGAUGGAGAUGUCGCCGGAGAGUGGUGGUGAUGGGGAUGAUGACGAGACUUUGCUGGUGCACGCAACUGCCGGUGCUGCUUCCGGAGCAUUGGCUGCUGCAGUAACGACUCCCCUGGACGUCGUUAAAACUCAGUUGCAAUGCCAGGGUGUUUGUGGCGUCGAUCGAUUUUCGAGUAGUUCAAUUAGUAAUGUUAUCCAAACAAUCUUGAAAAAAGAUGGAUAUGGUGGGCUUAUAAGGGGUUGGAUUCCCAGAAUGCUAUUUCAUGCCCCUGCUGCUGCAAUCUGCUGGUCAACAUAUGAAUCAGCCAAAAGCUUUUUCCAACAAAUCAACGGCAGAAAUAGCUCUGUGAACUGA